AUGGAUUCAGUGCCUGCUGAUGUGUCUAACUCACAUCCUGUCAAAGAUCCACCCACUUCUUCUCCUGCUAAAGCGAGUGAUGGGAAAGCUUCUGCUGCUUUAGUUUCUGAGCAAGAUAAUUCUGCACGCGAGGCACCAUCUGUGAUAUCUCCAACUGGCAUAUCGUCUUGGGCCAAAAAUUUGAAACUUUCUCAGUCAUUUUCUGGCUUACAAGAUGACUCAUCAAGUGGAAAUGUUGGCAAAUCAACUUUUGCACGUCUCACUAGUAAUUUGGGAUUGAGGAUGUCUCCAAAGUCUCCUGUAGCAGAUGACAGUUCGAAUGAAACGGCUGUACAAUCUAAUUUGUUUGGAACCAUUACGAAAGGCCUGGUUGACACUUCUAAGAAUGCUGUGAAAGCGGUGCAGGUUAAGGCACGCCAUGUUGUUUCUCAGAAUAAACGCCGAUACCAGAAGCAAAAAUGGUUGAUGCAUGACAUGUCCAAUUUUAUACUCUUUACCUUACAUUUUCAGGAAGGCGGUUUUGAUUUAGAUAUGACAUAUAUCACUGAAAACAUCAUUGCGAUGGGAUUCCCUGCUGGUGACAUGAGCUCUGGAUUUUUCGGCUAUGUUGAAGGGUUUUACAGAAAUCAUAUGGAAGAAGUGAUUAAGUUUUUUGAAACUCACCAUAAGAUGAAUCUCGAGGAAGAUGGCAGACCUGUUGUCUCAUGGCCAAGGCCAAAGGACAAAAUACCCCAAAUUAAAAGACUACAUGAUCAGAUAAAAGAAGUUGAGGGAUUGGAUUGGAACUCUACUAAGCUUACUUUGAUUUCUAUCUUGUCUUUUCAUACUGGAGAGAAAAUUUUGAAGGUGGGUCCAACACCUUUCUCCCCUGUUCUUUUGCUGCCAAACAUUCCUUUUAUUUCUCCCGUACUUAAGCUAUUCCAGAGGAAGGCUGGUAAAUACAAAGUUUAUAAUCUUUGUUCUGAGCGAUUGUAUGAUGCAUCACUGUUUGAGGGGAAGGUGGCUAGCUUCCCUUUUGAUGACCACAAUUGCCCACCAAUUCAACUGAUUAUAUCAUUCUGUCAAAGUGCUUACUCAUGGUUGAAACAAGACAUUGAGAAUGUCGUGGUUGUCCACUGUAAGGCUGGAAUGGCAAGGACAGGGUUGAUGAUUUCUAGUCUUCUAUUAUUCUUAAAGUUCUUCCCAACCGCUGAGGAAUCAAUGGAUUACUAUAAUCAGAAAAGAUGUAUUGAUGGAAAGGGACUUGUUCUGCCUAGUCAGAUUAGGUAUGUCAAAUAUUUUGAACGAGUCUUAACUUACUUCAAUGGCGAAAACCCUCCUGCCCGCAGGUAUUUUACUGGGCAAGAUGUGGCUGUAGUAUUUACUUGUCUUAAUAUGCAUACUCACAUCAUGUUCUGUACAGGUGCAUGCUUAGGGGAUUCCGGCUUCACAGAUGCCCUUACUGGAUUAGGCCCUCUUUGGUUGAACACAACUAUGACAGAAAAUAGAAAAGUAUUGAACACCGGCGAUCUUGAUGGCUUUGAUAAGAGAAAAUUGCCUUCUCCGGGAUUUAUGGUUGAGGUUGUGCUCGUGGAUUAUAAUGGCGAUGUUGAAACUUCGCAAUCUGAAACUACUGCAACGAAAUCAGAUGAGAGUUCAAGUAACAGUCCUGCUCGUCCUGUCCCCGUGGAAAGGAGCACCCCUGCGCAGAUUGCAGACAAAGAACCAGAGAGUCAUAAUAAUGAUAAAGAUGAUGUGUUUUCAGAUGGGGAGGGAGAGCAAUCUGCAUCUUCAAGAACCAAGCAAACAAAAGCACCUUCUGAAGCAGUUGGAAAAGUUAAAAAUGACACCAGAGGCUCCGAUUCCAAUAGAAUUUCAAAUCAAAUUGCAAAUUUAACACAUGCAACAGAACAAGUUUCCUUGGGAAACAAGAGCUCCACGUCAAUUCAUCACGCCAGUGAGCCAAGAAGUAAUGUUGAUGGAAAGACAGUGUCCAGUAUCGAGGUGCCCAGCGCAGAAAGUGAGUUUAAGGCCAUGGCUGCAGAUGCGUCUGUUUUUACCUUUGGAGAUGAUGAUGACUACGAAAGUGAUUGA